AUGUCAGGCAUUGGGGAACUUCUGAAAGCGGCAGGUGAUUUUGGACCAUUUCAGAAAUGGCUGGUGGUGCUCACCUCCCUUCCCUGCCUCAGUUUGUCUUUCCACCAGUUUGGCCAACUUUUUAUGGUCCCAUAUGUCCCUCAUCACUGUGAUACCAGCUGGAUCCAGGCGGUCAACCCCAACCUGACUGAGGAUGAACAGAUGAACCUCACCAUCCCCCGAGAUGCAAACGGGGCGUAUGAACAGUGCUCCAUGUAUUCGCCUGUGGACUGGGACUUUGACUCUAUCGUGGCAUAUGGCCUAAACGCCACACAGAAGUGCAGCGGUGGCUGGGUGUACCCUGCAGACCAUGAGGUGACGCUGGUCACUCAGUUUGACCUUGUGUGCGACAGGAAGGACCUGAAUGACAUCUCCCAGGCCGUUUACAUGCUGGGGCUUCUCCUGGGAGCCGUGAUCUUUGGGCCAUUAAGUGACAGAAUCGGUCGCCGGCCUGUCAUUCUGAUGUCCAUCCUCAUCCAGGGCUUAUUUGGUGUUGGAAUUGCCUUUGUGCCCGAUUUCUAUGUAUACAUGGCCUUUAGAUGUGUUGUGGGAGCUUCCGUGUCAGGGAUCACCAUGACAAUAUUGGCCUUAGCUACAGAAUGGGUUGGUGUCUCCUACCGGCCCCAUGCAGUGCUCACUUCUCACUGCUGUUUUGCCAUUGGACAGAUGCUUUUGGCUGGCUUGAGUUAUGCUAUUCGCAACUGGAGGCUCUUAGAAAUUGCAGGAUCUGUUCCUAUAUUUGCCCUUUUCUUCUAUUUCUGGGUCCUACCAGAGUCGGCUCGGUGGCUGGUGACAAAAGGGAGAGUAGAAAAAGCUAAGAAGGUCCUUCAGAAGGCGGCAUCCAUCAACAAACGCACCAUCCCAUUAGGGCUCCUCGAGCAGCUGAAGCCUGAGGCACAGACCAAGCAUGGAAGUACUGUGGAUCUCUUCCGGAAGAAUCACCUCCGCAAGGUGACAUUAAUCAUGCUGUGCACCUGGUUUGCAAACAGCCUUGUCUACUAUGGGCUCAGUCUGAACGUGACGAACUUUGGAUUGGACAUCUACCUGACGCAACUUGCCUUUGGAGCAGUGGAAAUCCCAGCUCGUGCUUCUUGUAUCUUGUUGCUGCAGUGGUUUGGCAGGAAGAAAUCUCAGGGUGUUCUCCUGCUGCUGAGUGGUCUGGUGUGUCUGAUCAUCACUGGCAUCCCUGAAGAUCUGGCUGUGGUGAUCACUGUCCUGGCUGUCAUUGGGAAGUUUGCCAGCUCAGCCUCCUUCUCCACCUCCUACGUUUACACAGCAGAGCUGUUCCCCACUGUUGUCAGGCAGACUGGUCUGGGGCUGUGCUCGAUGUCAGCACGAGUGGCGGGGAUCAUCGCCCCACUGAUCUACCUCCUCGAACACUACCACCGGGCUGUGCCCAUGGCCAUCUUCGGGAGUGCCCCUGUGGUGGGAGGGCUGCUGUGCUUCCUGCUGCCUGAGACCCGUGGCACAGAGCUGGCAGAUGACACGACAGUGGCUGCUUCCCAUGAAAAUACUAACAGCAGCUCUGAAAAUGGAUACGUGAAAGUAAAAGGCGGUGGCCAAGACAAAGGGAACACAGAGACCACGUACUUCUAG